AUGGCAUUGUCCGCUGUGGUUGCAGGUCAACAGCCUCAGUAUCCGCCUGCAUUCCCGCCUACUCCGAUCUUGCCUUCGUCUAUCAACUACGCGCCAAGUGUGAUGCCGACUGUCAUGGAUCUCACUGCUCCGAACGCGCAGUCGAUCUGUCCCGGCUACACGGCGUCUAAUGUGCAGAACGGAUCUUCCGGCUUAACCGCAGAUUUGACGCUCGCCGGGCCUGCUUGCAAUGCUUAUGGAAACGAUGUCCGCGACCUCACCUUGUCCGUUCAAUACCAGAGUAAGGAACGUCUUUCUGUCAAGAUCUUCCCGAAGUACCUUGUGCCCGGCAAUCAAUCUUUGUAUAUCCUGUCUCCAACACUUACACCGCAGCCAGCUCUGGAGCUGGGCGCCAGCAAGGCUAACAGUGACCUCGCGUUUACCUGGACCAAUUCGCCAAGCUUCCAGUUCCAGGUCUCCCGAGUGAGUACCGGGGAUGUCAUUUUCAGCACGUAUGGCAGCAAAAUCGUAUUCGAGGAUCAAUUCUUGGAGUUGGUCACUUCCAUGGUGCCGAACUACAACAUCUACGGUCUGGCGGAGAACCUUCGUGGCUUCCGCAUUCCGAACAACUUCACGCAGACCUUCUGGAACGCAUACAAUCUCGAGAAUGAUCAGGAGUUAGAUGUCAACGGCCACAGUGUUCAUCCGGUGUAUCUCGAGACACGGUAUGGCAACAGCAGCAACAGUGAAUCCCUCUCCCAUGGUGUAUACGCGCGGAACGCGCACGGUCAGGAAUGGCUAAUGCGCAACACAAGCAUCACUUACCGCACCAUAGGUGGCAGCUUCGACUUGUACUUUCUCUCCGGCUCGACUCCCAAAGAGGUUAUUAGCCAGUAUCAGACCGGUGUUGUGAACACACCGUAUCUACCUGCAUAUUGGCACCUGGGCUUCCACCAAGUUCGCUGGUCGUACCAAAAUUGGUCGAACUUGCAGGAUGUUGUCGAUGCAUAUGCUGCCCAAAACAUUCAGCUUGAAGGCAUCAUGAACGAUCUAGACUACUUGAAGAUGAACCGAGACUUCACCAACAACCCUGGGCAUUACGAUGUAGCACCUGGGAAGGUCUUCCUGGAUCAACUCCACGCGAACGGACAGUACUACAUGCCUAUUCUUGACCCGAACAUCUACGUCCCGAACCCAGCAAACGCCUCUGACGCUUACCCGACCUACGAUGCGGGCGCCGCCGUCAACGCGUAUAUACGCAACGGUAAUGACAGCUUUUACAUUGGAGUCGAGUGGCCAGGCUUCAGCGUCUUCCCAGACUUUAUCGUUCCGCAAACGCAGCAAUUCUGGACCCAGCAGAUCCUUGCUUAUCAUCAAAACGUCUCCUUUGAUGGCUUCUGGCUCGACGUCAACGAUGCCGUGUCCUUCUGCACUGGCAGCUGUGGGCAGGGCCUUGUCGGAGAGAACCCCAUACACGUGCCUUUUGCGCUCCCUGGCGAUCCGAAUACCAGCGUUGCUGUCGAUUAUCGCUAUCCGGAGUUCUUCAACGUCACUAAUGCAACCGAAGCAGCAUCGGCAAGCUCAGCCCUGAUGUCGCAGUCGCUCAUGUAUCCGACGCCAUCUGCGACGCCUACUCCUACGGUGGGACGUACUGUUCCGACGCCAGGUGUGCGGAACCUCACAUUCCCACCGUACGCCAUCAACAACUUCCUUGCCGGCCACAGCUUGCUGAAACAAGUAAUUGCGCCAAAUGCGACCCACAACGAUGGGCCGUACAACAGUACCGAGUACGAGCUGCACAAUCUGUAUGGUCACACCAGCGGCAAUGCUACGUACAACGCUCUAAAGCAGGUCUAUCCCGGCAAGAGACCAUUCUUCAUCAACCGAUCAACAUUCGCUGGAAGCGGCAACUUCACUGGUCACUGGGGAGGCGACACGAACUCCAUGUGGGGCAAUAUGUACUUUGGCAUUUCACAAGCGCUGCAAUUCUCCAUUGCCGGCAUUCCGUACUUCGGAGUCGAGACUUGCGGCUUCAACGGCAAUGCCGAUAUGGAGCUUUGCACCCGGUGGAUGCAGCUGAGUGCCUGGUAUCCGAUGUAUCGCAAUCACAACAGCCGCAACACCAUUGCACAGGAGGCCUACCGGUGGGCUACAACGGCAGAAGCUACCCGCCGUAUCAUGAAUAUCCGCUAUAGCCUACUUCCAUAUACUUACACUCUCUUCCACCAAGCUAACGUCGCCGGCCAGACUGUACUACGCGCGCUACCGUGGGAGUUCCCGAACGAUCCCUCACUGAAGGCGGUGGAGACGCAGUUCAUGUCCGGCCCGGCUUUGCUGGUUACGCCAGUGCUAGCACCACUUGCCACGAGCGUGCAAGGUGUCUUCCCGGGGGUGGCCAACGGAACGAUCUGGUAUGACUGGUACACGCUGGAGAAGGUGAAUGUCUCGGCAGGCGAGAAUAAGACGCUUGAUGCGCCACUUGAGCAUCAACCGAUCCAUGUGCGCGGAGGUUAUAUCAUCCCCAUGCAGAAAGCUGGAAACACCACAAAGACUUCUCGCCAAAUGCCCUGGAGUCUGCUCGUAGCGCUCGACAGCAGCGGCAAGGCUAGCGGCGAGCUGUAUCUCGACGACGGAAUCAGCCUGAUGCCAAACGCCACGAAGAACGUCGAGCUCGCCUUCGCUAACAACGUGCUCAACAUCACCGUUUCCGGCAACUACAACGACAAUCUGCCCUUGGCAAAUGUGACCAUCGCCGGCGUCUCGUCGUGUCCACACAAUGUUUCUACAGGUUCUACGGGAUCCUCCGGACGAGCCGGCUGGUCAGGUUGGUCGUGGCCUUCCUCAUGGCGGUCGUCGCCUUCAUCAUGGUGGUCAGCACCGUCUCACGGCCAGACGGGUGUUGUCACUUGCAACAGCACCAGCAAGGUCGUUUACAUCACCAACCUCCAGCAGGCGACUAGCAACGGUAUUUGGACCAGCAACUCCAUGCUAGUUGUGCAGUAG